AUGGCGAACUUUCCGAUCUUGCAAGAAAUCAAAGGUGAAUGGCAAUCAACUAAAACAGUGGAAAUAAUGGGCUUAAGAAUUCCGGCGUAUUUUACUGACGAUCCCCAGCUACUCUACGACUACAUUGUCAACUUCAAGACGAAAUCAGACGACGUGUUUGUAGUCAGCUAUCCGAAAGCAGGUCAGUUUGUUAAAAUUAUUUUUUAUCUCACAGGCAGCCCAAGUCACAUAUCGAACUGUAAAAGCACCCUGUACGGAAUAGCUGUAGCUCGUGGUCUCUCGAGUGAAGGAAAUGUGAUAUUACUCUAGAGAACUUUCCUUUCAAAUUUUGUCCUAUUCGUAAUCUUAUGUACGUACGCGUGUCGUUGGAUUUUAAUCAUUUUUAAACCUCCCCGACUAAACUAAGGGGUUACCAAGGAUUUAAUGAAAGAAAAUAAAACUGCCAAAAAGGUACAAGCAAAGAAAAGGAAACAAAUAAAGAAUGGUAACAAUGUGGUCGUGCUGAAAUUACAAUCACUCUGUUCUCAAUCUUGACUGUAAUUAACUUACAACAUCAUGCAAUCAAACUGCGGAUGUGAACAAACUUGAAACAUGUCAAGAUCCAGAGAAAUCGGCAGCCAGCAGUUAUAAAACCUAUGAAAUUAUAUGAAACUAAAACCAUGGAAAAUGCACUCUUUUUAGUUUUUGUUUUUUAAUACCGGUCAACAAAACGAUGAAACCAGUCACCCAAAUCAGUGCAAUUGGUAUACUAGUGAUGAAAAAAAGAAUAUCGAAAAUUUUCCUGUUAAAACUAAUAAUGCAGUUUGAGGGGUACAUUAACGGAAAAACGGAAAGGUUUUUAAUUGGAAUAAUGGAGUGACGCCCCUUUGGGGUGAGGAAUAAUAUAACAAAUCAACAAACAUUUUCGAGAAGAAAAAUUGAAUAAUUAGCACCCCAUUAUGCCUCCUCACUGGACUCUAACAAAUUAACAAACAUUUUCGAGAAGGAAAAUUGAAUAAUUAGCACCCCAUUAUGCCUCCUCACUCGACUCCCCUCAAUAGUUAUACACCAGAAAGUUGAAAUCACGCGAGUCGACUCCGGACUAUAGACUAGUAGCAGUCUCUUACUUUUCUUUGCAAAGUUACUGCGUGCGAAAUCCAAGCACGUAACGUCGUUGUUUGCAGUCGCGCAGGCUGUAAUAAGAGCUAGACUGAUUUUAAGAGAAAAAGCGGUCCGCCGCAAGCAGUCUAACGACUACCAACUCCGGAAUAACGAAAGCAUCGAAUCAAACCUCUAAACUGAAAGAGUCAGUCGGCGUUACCGUCUUUUCGGCAAAAAGGCAUACACUCGAAAAUUUUCCUGCAAGAAGUCCAGCCACUUCGCCGUUAUUCAUUACAUGACGAACUUGGAAGGGAAAAGUUAUGCUGUUGAGGCUAUUAAGGGUAGAUUGAAUUUGCUUGUGGCUUAUGAUUAACUAACUGAAGCAAGAGAGCCCAUUUCGCAGGUUAAGGACAUCGAGGUGUUGCAUUAUAAUCCGUUUGCGGUAACGCCCAUCAAGCCUGUAUCAAUUAAGGGUUUCUGGGUAACUGAACGCCUACCUCUCCCCUUCACUUACUUCUCACUUAGGGUAAAGUUGUGCAUUAAGUGAGCGGUAGGUGGUGACUUACACCCAGAAACCUCCAUUGAUCCCAAUCAGGUUUUCCAGAGAAUAAGGUUAUGAGAGAAAUCCAGGGUUAAAAAGAUGCAAAGUGGAGUAAGCUGAAAUAAACUGAGCGUAACUUAAACAUGUUAAAAGACUCACAAUAACCAGCACAAAAAGUAAUCAAUAAAAUAAAAUAAAUAAUAACGAGAUCAUUGAAAUUUUCUGCUCGACAUAACCGUGAUAACAACGUCAACAAAUGGUCAUAAAGAACUACUAAAUACCCAAGUAAGGCACAGUAUGCGUAAACCAACUACAAGGCCGAAUUAUUGAGCUUUUUUGAGAAAAGAUAGCCCAUAUAGUACAUAUGUUAGUAAUCUGAGCGUAUGUAUCUUCAAUUGUGUGUUUGUGAUAUGUUUGUCAGUUUAUUAUGAAUGACUUUCAUUUUUGCAGCUACCGGAUAAAACAAAAAUCGUGAGAUUCUGAACCUAGAUCGGGGAAAAAUAGUGAGAGGUGGAAAAUAGCUGUAACAUGUCCCAAUUUCUAAGAGGAAGGACUUUCAGCUUUCCAGCGCGAAUUAUGGGUUUAGUAGGAUGAGAUCUUCUUCGUUGUUUCCAACGUGUAGACGUCUUGAAAUGCUGGAGUCAGGAUUUUUAACAGUGGAUCUGCACAUUUGGUGACAACAGUAAGUCGCGGUAGGGUUCUUUGUAGGCCUGUUCUGGACUAGCCCGCGAACCGCAGACGCAUUUCCGGUCGUCGCUUCUCUCCCUCCUUCCGGCGGGCGAAACUAGAAACUAAAGGCGAAAAAACCGGAUGCUCUUGCCGGCUAGUUCUGGACCCCCUUUUUUUCUAAUAAGGGAUCGUCAAGGGCGUAAAAAAAAUAAACUGAAACCGCGGGGGAUUUACUGACCAUAAGCACAAAGGGCUGGGGUGGGGGAGGGAGAAAAUAAACGGUCUGUGGGCAUCUUUGGGAAGAACUGAAACUUGCUUUUCGCAGAAAAAGCAAAAGAGCCAGGAGCUAAGGGGUAAGGGAGAAGAACGUACAUUUCUGUUUCCGGAGGGAUUCGGUUCAUACGAGCAUCGACUGUUUUGAAAUUUGGGCUAGUUUUGAAUUGCCCCGUGUGAGGAAAUCCGGAUUCCGGAUUCCGGAAGGCCGAAAAAUUUUGUUCGUGGAAUCCGGAAUCCCUGGCUUUGGAAUGCGGAAUAUAGCUCAAGGAAUCCAGAAUUCUACCGAUUGAAACUGGGUCCAGAAUCCAAGUUCCUCUGACAAGAACGGGAAUCUAGUAACUGGAACCAGGAAUCCACGGUGUGGAAUCCAGAAUUCAGGGCUGUCUUAGAUUCCCUAAAAUGGGCAGAUUUGAAUGUUAUAUUUUAUCUCUUAAAGGAACAACUUGGGUUCAAGAAAUUGUCUGGCAAAUUUACCACAAUGGAGAAGUCAACAGCAAACGAAUUGAAGACCGUGUUCCAUUCUUAGAAGAGGCUACUAAUUCAAAAUCUUCUCAACCAGACAUUGCCAGUUUUCCAAGCCCCCGCCUUAUUAAGACACACCUUUCUUAUGAGGCUAUACCGAAAGGUGUAAACGAGGAAACAACGUGCAAGUAUAUUUACAUCGCUCGAAAUCCAAAAGAUAACGCUGUAUCAAAUUAUGAGUUUUUGACAAGCUUGGGGAAAAAUACUGAAUUGAAUGCAUCGUGGGAAUUUUAUGCCAAUCUGUUUGUUCAGGGAAAAUGUAAGUUAUACAAUUAUUAUACGUGGCAGUAA